GGGGGAGAGGAGGGCCUGGGCCCGCACUCCCCCAGCCCCAGAGGAGCAGGCGGCGGCCGCGGACGGAGAGAUUCGCCCGGGCGGUCGGACACCCCUGCAGUACCCGCCUGGGAUCAUGACCCAGGCGGGGGUCGCCGCCGCCGCCGCCGCGGCCGAGACCGCGCAGCCGCCGGAGCUUAGCGUUGUCAACAAGGGAAAAGAAACACUAAGAAAACUGAGAAUGUUUAACUCAGGUUAGAAGAUAAACUUCAGCAGGUAAACUUCAGCAGUAAGAAGAAAACAUAACUUAUAGACCAUCUUCUGGCAGAAGAUGAUAGAUUUGGAUCAGAAACGGGAGGCGUUGGAAGCCAGGAAUCAAAAGUGAAGAAAUUCUGCAAGCCCUUGGGUGAGAAAGGUUCCUAUCACUGUAACCAUGCCAGAAAUGACAGAGAAUGAGACUCCUACAAAAAAGCAGCACAGGAAGAAAAACCGGGAGACACACAAUGCAGUGGAGAGGCAUAGAAAGAAGAAAAUCAAUGCUGGGAUAAACAGAAUAGGAGAGCUGAUCCCAUGUUCCCCUGCGCUGAAGCAGAGCAAGAAUAUGAUCCUGGACCAAGCCUUUAAAUAUAUAACAGAAUUGAAAAGGCAAAAUGAUGAACUCCUGCUUAACGGAGGAAACAAUGAACAAGCUGAAGAAAUUAAAAAGCUACGUAAACAACUGGAAGAAAUUCAAAAAGAAAAUGGCCGAUAUAUUGAAUUACUGAAAGCAAAUGACAUAUGCUUAUAUGAUGACCCCACAAUCCACUGGAAAGGAAAUCUUAAAAACUCAAAGGUCUCUGUUGUUAUUCCCAGUGACCAGGUUCAGAAAAAUAUCAUUGUUUAUUCCAAUGGGAGUCAGCCUGGUGGAAACAGCCAGGGAACAGCUGUUCAGGGGAUAACCUUUAAUGUUGGUCACAAUUUACAAAAGCAAACCGCCAAUGUGGUGCCAGUACAGAGGGCUUGCAAUCUUGUGACUCCUGUGUCUAUUUCUGGAGUUUAUCCUUCUGAAAACAAGCCAUGGCAUCAGACCACAGUUUCUGCACUGGCUGCCAACCAGCCUGUUCCUCUUUGUCUUCCUGCUACCAUUUCUGCUCAAAAUAUUCUCGAGCUUUCCACCUCUGAAAGCGAAUCGAGCAUGCUUGGUGCCACCAGUGGCUCACUUGUCGCUGUUCCUGUUGGGCCUGAACCUCAACAACAUCAUUCCUCACACACAUGUCUAAAUGAUCAAAGCACUUCUGAAAAUAAGAAUGGGAAAGAGAGCCCCAAAUUAUUGAAGAAAACAGUCCCUUGUGCCACAAGCAUCCCCUCCAGCUCCUCAACAACUGCCACUAAAGCGCACCAUGGAAGCAAGUCCUGCCUGAGCAUACAGGAUUUCAGAAGUGAUUUUCAAACCACCUUUGUUGUUUCAGUUACCACCACAGUCUGCUCCCAGCCUCCCAGAUCUGCAGGUGAUUCUUGUCCAGCGAGCAUUAGCAGGGGUGCAGACACAGCAAGUGGUAGCACAGUGGUGGCCCCAUCUGCCCCUGGAGGAGGGAAGACCACCACUCCUGUAAGCACUCUUUCUGCAAACCCUUUGGACAAUGGCUGGGCUCUGUCUUGUUCUUUGCCUUCUUCAGCUGUUAGUGCUUCAGAUUUGAAAAACAUUAAUAGCCUUACCCGAAUUUCCUCAGCUGGAAACACGCAGACAACGUGGACUACUUUGCAACUGGCAGGAAACACUAUUCAGCCCUUAAGCCAGACACCCUCUUCUACUGUGACUCCAGUAUUGAAUGAGUCCAGUACUAGCCCCACCACAACCAACCACAGUAGACACGUGGCUACAGGCAUCAACUUGAAUAAUUCCUUUCUGGGAGAUGGGCAGCCGGUUGAGCAAGUAGUUGUCACUUUGCCUUCUUGUCCAUCUUUACCUGUGCAGCCACUAAUUGCCCAGCCACAAGUUAAAUCUCAGCCUCCAAAAAAUAUCCUUCCAUUGAAUUCAGCAAUGCAGGUGAUCCAGAUGGCUCAGCCAGUGGGGUCGGCUGUUAAUGCAGCUCCAGCUAAUCAAAACGUUAUCAUCCUUCAGCCACCCAGCACCACCCCAUGCCCAGCAGUGAUGAGGGCAGAGGUUCCCAACCAAACGGUAGGUCAACAGAUAGUAAUCAUACAGGCAGCUAAUCAGAAUCCUUUGCCACUCCUCUCGGCUCCACCUCCUGGUUCUGUUCGACUCCCUGUCAACGGAGCCAAUGCUAUAAUAGGGUCUAAUAAUUCAGUACAAAAUGUUUCGACCCCACAAACUUUUGGAGGAAAGCAUCUCGUCCACAUAUUACCAAGACCUUCAUCUUUAUCAACAUCUAAUUCAACACAGACUUUUUCUGUUACCAUGUCAAACCAACAACAGCCUCAAACCAUUUCUUUAAAUGGACAGCUCUUUGCUUUGCAGCCUGUGAUGUCUUCAUCAGGAACUACAAAUCAAACCCCUAUGCAAAUUAUCCAACCCACCACCAGCGAAGAUCCAAAUACCAAUGUUGCCCUGAAUACGUUUGGCGCGUUGGCCAGCCUCAAUCAAAGCAUAUCGCAGAUGGCUGGGCAGAGCUGUGUGCAAUUGUCUAUUGGCCAGCCUGCCAAUCCUCAGACUGCUGCAAACAGUCAAACUACCCCAGCUAACUGUGUUUCAUUAUCAACAACCGUAGCACCUCUCAUGACAACAGAUAAUUCAGCCACACUACCCAGUACUUAUAAUCUGGUGACUACUCCCUCAUUGAACACUGUAGCUUGUUUGCCUAACAUGAAGUCAAAGAGGUUGAAUAAGAAGCCAGGUGUCAAGAAACACUUAGCAGCUAACAAGUCAGCAUGCCCCCAGAAUGUAGUCAGAGAUGUGGGAAAAUUAGACUGCCCCAGCACUGAAGGCUCAGCAGAGCCGUCCUGUAAUGAUGGACUGCUGGGAAGCCUCCCUGUGGUGUCACCAUCUGUGGCUGUGUCCCAGGCAAAUAGCAUAAGUGUUUCUGGUUCACAUUCUUUGGAUGUUCUGAAUUCUGAAUCCGUGAUACCUGAGUCUGUACCCAAAUCUAAGUCAGCAGAAGAGUCUAGCUCACCCUCCCAAGAAUCUGUACCAACUGAACAUUUUGCAGUGGUCCCAGCAAAAUCCAAAGAUUCUGCCCCCACUUUGCAACGAGAGACAUCUCAGGAUAAGCCUCCGACUAGUUUUGCAUUGUCAGAUGCUGCCAAAUCCUGCACUUCAGCCCACGUGUUGAUUCCAUCUCCAAAUGAUCCCCAUAUUUUGGUUUCUCAGGUUUCUGGCUUGUCAUCUACCACGAGCACUACAAAUACUGACUGUGUUUCUGAGGUGGAAAUCGUUGCUGAACCUUGCAGGGUUGAGCCAGAUUCAUCAGAUACCAUGCAAACCACAGGUCUCUUAAAGGGACAAGGUUUAACUGCAUUGCUAUCUGGUCUUGCUAAAGAAAAAGACCCCCAGAAAUCAUCUCUCUCAGUCCAGGUGGACCAUCCUGACUUCUCUUCGGAAAAUUCUAAAAUAGUUGAUUCAAGUGUUGAUUUACAUCCCAAACAGGAUCUGUUACUGAUGAACAGUGAUGACAGAGAUCCAGGACAGCAUCAUUCCUGCAUCCCUGAUCAGGAGGUUAUUAACGGUUCUUUGCUCACCAGUAGGCAGGCUGACUCGCCCAUGUCAACUAGCUCUGGCAGUAGUCGUAGUUUCUCAGUUGCAUCCAUGCUUCCUGAAACAACUAGAGAGGAUGUCACCAGCAGUGCAACAACUAAUACGUGUGACAGCUGUACCUUUGUAGAGCAAACUGAUAUAGUCGCUCUGGCAGCAAGAGCUAUUUUUGACCAGGAGAACCUUGAGAAGGGAAGAGCUGGCACCCAGGCUGAUAUAAGAGAAGUGACUUCAAAGCCUUCGGAAGCAUCAUCUUUAAAUGGAGACCAGCCUUUCAAAACACAGAUAUCGAAAGAGACUGGCCCAGGACAGGCAGAAGCAACACCAAAUGAAUUUAAUUCUCAGGAUUCAGUUGAAGCAACUGUGGAUAGGCCCCUUGAAAAACCAAGUUGUUCUAUAGGAAUUAAAACAUCAAAUGCCUCUUUACAGGUUUCAACUUCUCAGUCACCAAGCAUCACCAGUCUAAGCGUGAAUAAUCUUAUCCAUCAGAGCAGCAUCAACCAUCCUCUGGUCAGCUGUGCUGGCUUAUCCCAAACUUCAGAGCAAACACCUGUUCCUGCAACGGUUAAUCUGACUGUUUCAUCUAGCUCCUAUGGCAAUCAGCCUCCUGGACCAUCUCUGAUGAGCGAAUAUUCCCAAGAACAGUUAAAUACUAUGACUGCUGCCAUACCAAAUCCACAGAUUCAAGAGCCACUCUUAAAGCCAAGUCAUGAAAGCCGUAAAGACUCUGCUAAGCGUGCUGUCCAGGAUGACCUUUUACUGUCUUCAGCUAAACGUCAAAAGCAUUGUCAGCCAGCCCCCCUCAGGCUUGAAGGUAUGUCUCUGAUGAGCCGAACUCCAGACAGCAUUUCUGAUCAAACUCAAAUGAUGGUUAGUCAGAUCCCUCCCAACUCUUCGAACUCAGUUGUGCCUAUUAGCAACCCAGCACAUGGAGAUGGCCUUACACGAUUAUUUCCACCUAGUAACAACUUUGUGGCCCCUUUGAGGCAGACUGAAGUUCAGUGCAGUUCUCAGCCUUCAGUUGCGGAGCAGCAGCAGACCCAGGUCGGUCAGCAUCUACAGGCCCUGCAGCAGCAUGUUCCAGCUCAAGGGGUCUCUCACCUGCAUAGUAACCAUCUCUACUUAAAGCAGCAGCAGCAGCAGCAGCAGCAGCAGCAGCAGCAGCAGCAGCAAGCAGGACAGUUAAGAGAGAGGCAUCACUUAUAUCAACUGCAGCAUCACAUACCUCAUGCGGAGAGCUCUGUCCUCUCUCAGCCCCAUAAUGUCCAUCAACAGAGAACUCUGCAACAGGAAGUUCAGAUGCAGAAAAAGAGGAAUCUUGUUCAGGGCAGUCAGGCCUCUCAGCUGUCCUUACAAGCGAAGCACCAUGGAACUGACCAGUCUCGACCCAAGAGUGGUCAGCCACAUCCCCACCAUCAGCAGAUGCAGCAACAGAUGCAGCAACACUUUGGAAGCUCCCAGCCAGAGAAGAGUUGUGAAAACCCUUCAACUAGCCGGAACCACCAUAACCAUCCCCAGAACCAUCUCAAUCAAGAUAUUCUGCACCAGCAGCAGGAUGUUGGAAGCAGGCAGCAAGGUUCAGGGGUUUCUUCUGAACAUGUAUCUGGGCAUAAUCCAAUGCAGAGGCUUUUGACAUCAAGAGGCAUAGAGCAGCAAAUGGUGUCCCAACCAAGUAUUGUGACGAGACCUUCAGACAUGACCUGUGCGCCACACAGGCCGGAGAGAAAUCGAGUUUCGAGUUAUUCUGCUGAGGCACUCAUUGGCAAGACAUCUUCUAAUUCAGAGCAGAGGAUGGGUAUAACGAUUCAGGGUUCCAGAGUUUCAGAUCAGCUUGAAAUGAGAAGCUAUCUUGAUGUUCCCAGAAAUAAGAGUUUGGCCAUUCAUAAUAUGCAGGGUCGUGUGGAUCAUACCGUUGCCUCAGAUAUCCGCCUUCCUGACUGUCAGACGUUUAAACCAAGUGGAGCCAGUCAGCAACCCCAGAGUAAUUUUGAAGUACAAUCUUCAAGAAAUAAUGAAAUAGGUAACCCUGUAUCAUCAUUGAGGAGUAUGCAGUCCCAGGCUUUUCGAAUUAGUCAAAACCCUGGUCCAGCACCAAUCGACCGCCAAAAGAGAUUACCUUAUCCACCAGUUCAGAGCAUCCCAACAGGAAAUGCUAUCCCACCAAGGGACAGUGAAAAUACAUGUCACCAAAGUUUCAUGCAGAGUUUACUUGCUCCUCACCUUGGUGAUCAGGUCAUUGGAAGCCAGAGAUCACUCUCAGAACAUCAGAGGAAUACACAGUGUGGUCCAUCCUCUGCAAUUGAAUAUAAUUGUCCACCAACUCAUGAAAGUGUCCAUAUUAGAAGAGAGAGUGAGAGUCAGAAUAGAGAAAGUUGUGACAUGUCCCUAGGUGCGAUUAAUACCAGGAACAGCACCUUGAAUAUUCCUUUUUCGAGUUCUUCUUCUUCAGCAGAUAUUCAGGGUCGAAACACAAGUCCCAAUGUUUCUGUACAGAAGUCCAAUCCCAUGAGGAUUACUGACAGUCAUGGGACCAAGGGCCACAUGAACCCUCCAGUCACAACCAACAUGCAUGGGGUUGCAAGGCCAGCUUUGCCACAUCCAUCUGUGUCUCAUGGAAAUGCUGAUCAAGGGCCUCCUGUACGCCAAACUAAUUCUUCAGUUCCGCAGCGAUCAAGGCAUCCCUUGCAAGACAGCAGUGGUUCCAAAAUUCGUCAACCUGAAAGGAAUCGUUCUGGAAACCAAAGACAUAGUAAUGUCUUUGAUCCAAGUCUUCCCCAUCUUCCUCUGUCUACUAGUGGCAGUAUGAUUCUUGGACGCCAACAACCCACUACAGAGAAGAGAGGAAGUAUUGUUCGUUUCAUGCCUGAUAGCCCACAAGUACCUAAUGAUAACUCAGCACCUGACCAGCAUACACUAUCACAAAAUUUUGGUUUUCCUUUUAUUCCCGAGGGUGGCAUGAAUCCACCAAUUAAUGCUAAUACUUCUUUCAUUCCACAGGUUACUCAGCCCAGUGCCACUCGAACUCCAGCCCUCAUCCCUGUAGAUCCUCAAAAUACCCUACCCUCUUUCUAUCCCCCAUACUCUCCUGCUCAUCCUACACUGUCCAAUGAUAUUUCAAUUCCCUAUUUUUCUAAUCAAAUGUUCUCAAAUCCUAGCACAGAAAAGGUAAACAGUGGAAGUUUAAAUAACCGAUUUGGAUCAAUUUUAUCUCCUCCUAGACCUGUUGGGUUUGCCCAACCAAGUUUUCCUCUCCUCCCUGAUAUGCCACCAAUGCACAUGACCAACUCCCACUUAUCUAAUUUUAAUAUGACAUCUUUGUUUCCAGAAAUAGCUACAGCUCUUCCUGAUGGCUCAGCAAUGUCACCUCUGCUUACGAUAGCAAACUCCUCUGCCUCUGACUCUUCCAAGCAGUCCUCAAACAGACCCGCCCACAACAUAAGCCAUAUUUUAGGUCAUGACUGCAGUUCAGCUGUUUAAAUACCAAUGGACUAAAUGUAAAUAUGACGGGUGAGACUACACGUGUAUUUGUGUGUGUGUGCACACAUACAUGCACAUCAAGAGAGAGACUGUGUGUGUGUGUGUCUUUGUGUGUGUAUAAUUCAUUUACAGUUAUCUUCUGAGUGUAGGAAAGCCGUGUCAGAGAUGAUGUGAACACUGGGUUGUCAAAAACAAAUUAUCUCUCAUUUUUAAUGGCAUGGUGUGCUUUUUUAAUUUUCCAAGCAUAUUUGCAUUUUCAAGUUUGAUAUGUGAUCUUACAUUCCCUAAAUAGUAAUCAGCUGGAAAUUGGGGGAGAUCAUCUUGGUAUGUGCUGGGUAAUAGGAAGAAACCUAGAUUUUAAACUUGGUUGUUGUUAAUUUGUAAAAUAGGUAGUUGAGUUGCUCUCCAAAAAUCCAGACAGUUCAGUAUAACGCAAUGACUCAUAACCAAAUGCUGCCUGAUAUCAGCAUCGAGGACAUUUCUCACCCAUGGCAGGUGCUGAAUUAAUGUAGAAGGAACGUCCAUGGGUAAAGUCAGGCAGUUAGCAGAUAAAUGAGUUGUUUCAUCAGCUUUCCUUCCCAAGGUUUGGUUAGGGUAGAGGCUUCUUUCUUAGUUAUAACAAUUCAUAAAUUACCUGAAUUUCAUGUCUUGUGUUUCAAAUUAGGGAGCCAUGUUAUCCUCUAAUGUGCCAAGAUCCUGUAAAGCAGUCUUCCUUAAACACUUAGCCUUAAAAAUAGAAAGCUGAAAAUGAAGUACAUAGAUGUUCUCCGUUUUGUACUUGCAUUUUGCAUCAGGCCAUAAGGAUGAAAGCAGCUGCCUCGUGGAUUUUCACGUGUUUAGUUAGAGAUUGUUUAACUAAAUUGUUGUUUCAUCACUUGAACUUUAGUAUUCUCUCUUCAUUCUAUUUAUUUGAUCUUGAAAUAAAUUCUUUUCCGUUUGUUUAAUCAUUAAGGACUGAUCAGUAAAUACUGUAUUUGGAAUCUACACGAUUAUUUGAGCCUUACUUUUUAAAUAUUUCUGAGCAGAGUCUUAAGCUCUGUCAGUAUUUUCAUUUACUGAUAUUGAUAUUUAAAAUAUGGCAUUGUAUAUUGCAUUAUUAUCCUUCCUAGUAAAAUUAUAAUGAGAAGAUGAAUUUGUUCAUUAUUUUUCCUGAUGGUAGAUGUGAAAUGGUGCUUCAAAUAAUUGUCUUUGUAUAUGUCCGUGUGUGUGUGAGUGUGUGUGUACACAGACAUAGAUUUUAAAGUAUAAACUGGUCCUCUGAAAAUAGGCCUGCCAUCUAAAAUGGGAAAUUGAGACGUGAGACCUGCUGAAGAAUAGAAAAGCUUGAUGUAGAGGUUUUAAAAAGCCCCAUAGAAGUUAAUAAUAAAUGUAAAAUAUAUAUAUAUACUCAUAUAUUGAAUUUUGAAUAAUUAAAAAAAACAAAGAAACAACCAUAUAUAGUCAUAUUCUCAAACUCGUUACUUGUUCUAUUCUGCCAAAAAUGGGAUGGAGUGGGAGAGAUGCAUAUAAAUUGUUCUGUCUGCUCAGUUAACAAAGUGAACCCAAGGACCAGCAUUUUAUUUUUUCCUCCUUAAAAAAGCCUCCAAAGUCUUGGUUAGAGCAGUGAACUGCAGCCAAUAUCUCUUCUAAAGACUCAGCCAAAGGGUCAUCCGUGCCUCCUCAACUGUUCUUACCAACCUUUCCUGUCUCUUCCUGCUGCCAACCCGAGCAGCUUCCGGGGGGUGAAAAAAAUAUUGAAAACAAGAAAAACUUCUGUAGUUUCCCCCUUCAAGAUGGUCGUGGGGAGGAAUAAGAGAGCUUCAUGAAUAAGUUACAUAAAUAAGACUACAGGUAAACACAGUAGUUAAAACUUUUAAAGGAGGAAAAAAUGUGAGUUUUAUGACUUGUGUUUUCAGUUAACUGAGUUUUAAGCUUUAAGUUUUUCUUUGUACUUGGAAGGACCAAUCUGGCAAUUUCAAGGACAGUUUUCAAUGGGUUUGAGUAUUCACUCUCUCUCCUUCCCUCUCUCUGACACACACACACACACGCUAUCGGAAACCGGGGACUGUUAGGUAUAAUUGGAACCAAAGUAAGAGGCUAAGGAGAAACCUAAUUUGAGCACUGCAAUGGAAAGACCUCAGAGCCCGGCACUUCCAGAAAUUUCUCUGUGGCAUUGGUUGUAUUUUUCUGUUCAAAGAUAGUAUUUAUAUUUCUCAGAGCUUUCAUUCCAAGCAUAUAACACUUUGAUCCCAAAUGAGUCUUUACCCCUAAAUAAGGCUUAUUUGACCAUCUGAGGAAAGAUGUGACCAUCUGCAAAUAAUUUGGCUCCUGCUUACAUGUAGCUCUAAUUAUCUUACAGACGUGUGCAUAUACAUGUAAGAGGUCAUUUUACGUAUGAACUCAGUUCUGAAAGUGUUCGGAUCAUAGUAAUCUUAUUUGAUUUAAAAGCACAAGUGUAUGAGAUUUACCAGCAGUAUUAAGUGUUUGGUAAUUAGAACUACGUGAUUUGGGGGAGGAAGUUUAUUACUUAAUAUCUAGCGAUCUCUGGGUAUAAUUUUUGGCAAAGCAAUGGCAGAGAACAUAAUCAAUUUUGGUUAUAGUAAAUUUAAUGUUAUUCUUGGCUUGCUAAUAUAUCUCUAUAGAAUGUAAAACGAUCUCCAUAAAUAAUUUUGUAAUUUCUGGAAAUGCACAAACUUAUGAAUGAGUCAUAAGUGAGAGUCAUUGAUUAAAUAAUUUCUCUUUUAUUUAGUUUUAUUGAUCAUAUAGAAUCAGUUACAGAAAGUGGUUGAUUCCUUUAAACAUUUAACACAGUUAACUUCUAAUGAGGUGAAAAAUUUCAUAUUUCUCAUCGUGUGUAAACUUUUAAUGUGUCAAUCAUGGAUAGAAGAAAUCAAGUUUGAAGUCAUUUCUUUUUUUGGUACAUACAGGUUAUUUUGGAACGUUUUAUGCCGCUUCAGGAAAUUUUUUUUGUGUGUGUGUGAGGAAGAUUAGCCAUGAGCUAACAUCUGUUGCCUAUCCUCGUCUUUUUGCUGAGGAAGAUUGGCCCUGGGCUAACAUCUGUGCCCAUCUUCCUCCACUUUAUAUGGGUAAAUAUACUGCAAACCCCAGGCCGCCGAAGCGGAGCGUGCAAACUUAACCACUACGCCACCAGACCGGCCCCAGGAAAUUUAUUUUUGUUUUUAUUGUAAGACAUUUUCUGGGUACUGGAGAUGGCACCCUUUUUCUAAGUAGGGAGUGAGAAUUCCAGAGUGAUCAUGCUUUAUAAAAUUUAACAUAUCAGAACUGUGGAAAGAGAAGAAUGAGGAGGGAAUGUUCUUUUGCAGCAAUUACCAGUCACAUAUCAGGGUGAACUGCAGUGAGGAUCAGCUUUUUAAAAUCAGCCUUCUUAAAAUACACAAUUAUUUAAACAUUUUAAAGAUAAUUCAUUUGCCUUGCUCUUGCCUUCUAACAUUAGCCACUUCAUGGAGAGGCUAAAAUUUAUACUCCAAAAAAAUGUGCAAACACUUUUUAAUGGGAGUAAAGAUUUAAAAAUUCGAGAAAGGAUAAAGACUAACAUGCAUCUUAGCUUUGUUCUUCCUUUGAUACGUAGGUCCCUAGGCUCAUGUUCUUCCGUCUGCUCCGUGUCAGGCAGGUGGCAGGGAACCUGGUCAUUUCCUGAGCAGGAUGGUUACUCCUUUGCCUUGAAACGUUUAUUGGGCCCCCCCUCUAUUGGAUCAGUGUGAGAGGGAGUCAUACUCCCAAAUCAGUGAUCCCCAGUUCCUUGCUUUGGGAACCACUAUGUCUCCUAUUCUAUUAAGAGGCAACAAGAAUUUCUUGAACUAAAAGUAGUUCACAGUUGAUUUAAGAUCUCUAAUGUGCCAUAUAGCUCUGUUCCUUGUUUUGGUGAGCUUGUUUUUUUUCCCAUGGAGGAGUGAAGAAAAGGCAAAGGUGGUACCAGAAUCAGAUGGCUUUGGGUUGAUAUGCUUAGAAACCUGGAAGUCGUUGUUGUAAUUCUGCUGUUUGUAUAAAUCCUGCCUUUGCCUGGAGAUAAUCGCCCAUGGCUGUGUACUUCCAGAGGGCAUUCGUAAUAGCCAGAUGCACUAGUGUGAAGUUAAUCUGCGAUUGAUGAUUUUAUGAUACCUAUAUGCAAAUUAAAGGCCAGAAAUUAGUUUCUUCUCAAGAUAGCUUUUGGCUGAGUGCUACCAUUUCUCCUUCCCCAGAACUCAACAGAAAGGGUAUUUUUUUUUUUACUUAACCAUACUUUCCCUGCAUUCCCUCACUUCCUGUGUGAGCUUGAGAGUUUCUACUAAAGUCUGUGGGGGACAUCAGGUUUAGAGUGAGGCAGUCCAGACGUGCUGGAAAGAAGUGUUGAGGACCUUCUUGGACACAGAGCUUCUAGUUCUGCCCACAUGCCUGUACCCUGGUACUGCACUUUACCUGAGACUGUGCCUCUGGUCCUAAGACCAGCCAUUGGAACAUGUGACUCACCUGCUCUGGUAGAGCAAAGGACCAGCUGGGAGGGUACAUGCUGUGUAAUCACCUAGAAGACAAGUACAGCUGAUGAUUCUCAUUGUUGCCUUAUCAUUCUCUGAGCCAUCUUUAAUGCCGAUCUUGUAAAAAACUUACUAGUUAGAAGCAAAACUACUCUUAAAUUCAGAGCUCGUAUGUGGUACAACAUUCUUAUUUCUAGAGUUGCACACACCUUAUCAACUGUAAUCUUUUUUUGCUGCAUGCAUGUAUUCAGAUGCUUCAUAAACAUGAACCAACUUGGGUUGAAAAUAUUGGGAAUAAUAUCCAAAUUGAUGUUAUUUUGGAUGACUGCAUAGUCUGUCACUAGAGAUUUCAUGAGACAGAACAUUACUCUUCAUUUGUAAUUUAACACUUUUUUUAAAAAGAUUAUUAUUAUUUUGGGCUCAGUUGUAUGUACAGCUAUACACCAUACUAUGUCAUAGGAACUUAAUGUUUGCUCCAUAUAAAGCCCCUCUUCACUUUUCUGGAUCUCUGUUCCGCUAUCCCCUAAGUCUUAAAACCAUUUUUCAUCUCUGAGGUCACUGAGGCACUGGACUUGACUAUAUUGGUAACCUUUAAGGGGAGCUGAACUGUUGAUCUGCCAAGAAGAAAGGGACCAGACAGUGUUGCUUAAAAUGCUGCAGUUGUGUUACUGUGAAGAAAAGAUUUGCUUCCACUUUCAGCAGGCGUAUAGAUAUAUAUAUAUUCAUUUUGGUAAAAAUAGGUGGAAAAAUCUGAGAACAUAAUUACGUUCACAAAUUGUUCAUAGAUACACUGGGUGAGAAGCUUACUGUAGGGCAGUCACCAGAAAAAACGUAAAUGUAGUGCUUUCAAUAGUGUCAUAUUUGUAUGUAUUCCUAUGCCAGCAUUAUCUGCUGUGCAUGGUGUCCCAUUACUGUAAAUCCCCUGGUUUAUAAUUCUAAUGGGAACGAAUUUGUUUUGUAACGGAAUCCAGAGCAGAUGUGUAUAAUACGAUCAGGCUUGUCCUACAGUUGUAAAUAAGAAUAGGUCCUGUUUAUUUUGACAUCUUUUUACAAAUGCAUUGUAUUAGGGUGUGAAUAUUCUGAACCAUGCUCUUGUUUAAAGUUUUGAAAUUUUUAUUGGUAAAUGUAACAUUUUAAUGGUUGUAAUAAUUAUUUGUAUAGAUAUGAAUAUAGUAUUUUAUUUAAGAAAAUAAACUUUGCAUUUUUGCAUUGUGAA